AUGCGUUCCUUUGGUACCACCUCGCUCGUUGCCGCUGUUGCCGCCGUCGCCGGUCUCGCCGGCAGCGCCCAGGCUCAGCUCGACCCUUCGCUCGUCACCGGUCUCUCGUCCGGCUGUGCCUCGGGCCUCAUUGGCAUCGUGACCAACUCCAACAUCUCGUCCUGCCUCUCCCUUCCCAACGCCGUCGGUGCGCUCACCAGCGCAGGCAACAACUCGGUCGUCCCCGGCCUCAACCAGUACCUCAGCGGUAGCAUCUGCGGCUCGGGCAAGACCGCCUGCACAAAGGACCAGCUCUCCGCCGCCAACUCCACCCUCCUCCAGGCGUGUGGCUCCGACAUCCAGGGCUCCAACGGCGGCAUCCCCGCGCUCGUCGCCUACUUUAUCAACUCCUACGACCGCCUCCGCAACGCAGGCUGCCUCCAGGACUCCCAGGGCGAGUACUGCCUCGUCAAGGAGAUGUACACGCUCCAGAACGUCACCCAGAUGCCCAUCUCGUUCAGCGGCAUCCAGAACAUCCUCUCCAACCAGUCCACCCAGCAGCAGAGCCUCAUGGCCCUCUCGGCCAACAAGACCGCCUUCUGCUCCGACUGCACCCAUGCGCUCUACUCCACCCUCUUCCCCACCAACUCCAACGCUCAGCUCGCCGGUGCCGUCAACCAGACCUGCAACUCCACCUUCCUCGACGGCAAGGUCCCCUCCACCAUCAAGAGCACCGCCAACGGAAACUCCACCUCCGCUUCUUCCUCCUCGGGCUCGGGCUCGGGCAAGAACGCCGCCGCCGGUAUCAACCUCGGCUCCUUCGCCGCUUUCGGCUCCGCCCUCGCUGCCGUCGCUGCCGGCCUCGCCCUUCUGUAA